UUUCCCCUCCGCUCAAAGAAAUGUGCUAGUCUGCAAGCCACCAUCAACAAUAAUCUACUGCCCCACAGGCGCUCGAGGACCGAGGUGAAGGGAACUCAAACACCCGUGAAUUCCCUUGACGAUUUGACAAAGGAUUAGCUAGCUACAAGAGAUAGUAUGGACAAAGAGGAGCAGUUUGUCAACAUCGACCUAAACGACGACAACAUCUGCAGUGUCUGCAAGCUAGAGACCGACACGGGGACCAUGUCCUUCUGCCACGUCUGCUUUGAGCUCAGCAUCGAAGGUGUGUCUCAUGCCACCCUCCUGCACACAAAAUCCCUACGGGGCCACCGGGAGUGUUUUGAGAAGUACCACCUCAUUGCCAACCAGAAGCUGUCCUGCUCCAAGGUCUCCCACAGUCCCUACGAGGGCAUGAAGCUGGCCCUUAGCCAGAAGAUCAGCCGCAUUGUGCAGUACGCCCAGAACAAAGACUCUGUCAGCUCAGACGGGAGUCCUGGCCGUCUGGGGGGCAAGCACCAGCUCCUCUGCUACAGCCAGAAUGGAGACCGUAAACUACUGCCCCAGUCGGAUGCCCAGGUGCCCCGCUACACCCCACGCUGGAACCAGGGGAUUGGGGCAGGAGGGCUGCCGGACUACGCCACGAGUAUGCUGGAGUGCCACUCGGCCGAGGAGCUGGGGCUACUGGAGCACGGGCGCAGCCUCGGGGCCCUGUGGGGGGUCACAGGGAGGAGGGGCCAUCUUCACCGCAGCCACAGCCAGUCUUCUGGAGGAGACCACCAGACACUGCAUUCAAACAACGGUCACAGCAGAGACGAGUUGAUUAAAAUGAGUGUGGACGAGCUCCACCAGCUGAAUGGGCAGCUGCUGCUACAGAUUCAAAAGGUGUUUGAGGAGCUGACAGUGGCUGUGCAGGAAAAAGACUCACUGGCGUCGGAACUGCAUGUUCGCCACAUCGCCAUCGAGCAGCUCUUCAAGAACUGUGCCAAGCUGCCCUGGCUGCAGAUCAGCCGGGCCGGGUCCGUGGUCAAGGCCAGCAGCAACGCCUCUGUGGAGUGAGGGGAGUCUGGGGGUACCUACCUGGCUUGGCUGCCUCUCUCAGGGAGAUGGCUGUUUCACUCCCAGGGCUAAAAGACAGACAGACAGACAGGAUAGCCACUGUGGCCCGUGCCCUUUAUAUUGUAAGACUUGUUGCGUGGUGGGGUUUCUCUCAGAAGAGUGAGGGAUGGACAUGGCCUCCUCUCAUCUGGUGCUCCAUGGCUUUCUGACCGCAGUACUUUGAAGAAGGGGCUCAGAGAAAGGCAAUAAAAUUAAAGGAUCUUGAGAUCCACUGACUUCCACAUGGGAACUGUGGGUUGUUGAGCCCCGCUGUCGGUUGACCUGUUGCCUAUGCAGACAAAGUAUUUUAGAAAGAAUACCUAUUCAGAUUUGAUACAGAAUGACAUGAGCGAAUACUAGUAAUUGCCAAAAUAAAGGAAACACUUGAGUAAAUUAAGUAUAUUGAAAGCAGGCAGGGCUCUACAUUUAGAUUGGUUAGCAUCAUGGUUGCACUAUUACUACAGUGAAAACGGCUUGCUUCUAGAUCAACCAGGUCAAAAGAUCUGACCAAUUUUACCGGCACAACAUUGUUUAUCUUCCUAUAGCCGAGCGGAUCGCCGGGACCGGAUUUUAGAUUCAUAAACCAUGUCGUGGGCCGUUCUAAAACUACUCACGACAACCAUUUGUUUACACUUUGUUCAGUCAUGUUACCUUAUUCGCUAGCUAACAACCUGGUAACAGAAAGAAAGGAAAAGGGGUAGCUUCUUCAGGAGAUCAGUGAUCAUAGCAGUGAAUGAAUGACAGAUCUCUUGCAUGUCAACAUCACAAACCUGAUGUUUUUAAGGAGAUCGUGUACAAUUUUCUAUGUAAUGCAUCUCAAUAGGAAAAUGCUGCUUUUACACAAAAUGUAGACAAUAUUCCACAAAUUACUUUAUUUCAAUGACAGGUAUUCGUAUCACCAUUUUAGCUUUUAUAAUAAACAAAUACAGUGUUUACAGUGUUCCAUAUUAGUUUCUAGGGCACCACGUGCUUCAGAAGUAGCUAGAAUUCGUAGGCUGCAUUUACACAGGCAGCCCAAUUCUGAUUUUAAAAAAUUCACUAAUUGGUCUUUGGUCUUUCCAAUCAGAUCAGCUCUGAAAAAGAUCUGAUUUGAAAAGAUCCUAUGUGAUUGAUCAAAAGAACAAUAGGUGGAAAAAAUAUCAGAAUUUAUCUGCCUGUGAAAAUGUAGCAAUAUAGGCCCAAUCUCAAUCAACUUUUCUGGUGUUCCUAAAUUUAAUUUGGUGCUCCAAACUUUAAGUUACCAAUGAAACAUUUGAAUUUAGAGCACUGAAAGCAGGUGCUUCCACAUGCGUGGUUCCUGAGUUAAUUUAGCUAUCCCAUCCAUGUAUAAACAAUCCCAGUUGACCAUUACUUUGGCUAACAUGGCUAGAAAAGGGGUGUCAAAGGUGCGUAGGGGGUUUAGUGUGGGUGGGUGUGUCUGUCAGUUACCAGAAGGAUAUACUACAAAGCGUGAUCAAGGAGUUAGCCAGCUAACUUGCCUAAAUGUUCUGAAAUAACUUUAUUUUUUAGAAAGAUAAGCUUGAUAUGGGCAUGGUCUAAUUGACUCAACAACCAAAAACACAUAUCUAAGUUGAGCUGUCUUAAUGAACCAGAAAACCAAUCGUUAUUUCUGGUUGUUUAUCAAAGUUAGCUGGUUAUCUCAUUGAUCCUGCUUUGUAGUAUACCCCUCUAAUCUCAACCCAAUUGAAAACUUAUGGGAGAUUCUGGAGCGGCGCCUGAGACUGCCUUUUUCACCACCAUCAAUAAAACACCAAAUUAUGGCAUUUCUUGAGGAAGAAUGGUGUUGCAUCCCUCCAAUAGAGUUUCAGACACUUGUGGAAUCUAUGCCCAGGGGCAUUGAAGCUGUUCUGGCAGCUCGUUGUGGCCCAAUGCCCUAUUAAGGCAUUUUGUUGGCAUUUCUUUUAUUUUGGCAGUUACCUGUAUCUAGCUGCAGUUUUCUUUUUACAAUGACAGUUUUCAUUUAUUGAAUUUCCUCACACUCUUUUACAUUUUGUUUUAUUUUAGUUAUUUUAAUCACACCCAUUUCCUCGCUCCUUGGAAAAUAUUUGGUUGACUGAUUCUGUUGUUGCUGUGGUAACUGUUACUAAAUUAGAGGUUAUUGUGUAUUCAGUGCAGUGAAACACUCUUGCGGUUUGAAUAAAGUCUGUUACAUGUAAGAGGUGGGAUUUUAAGUCCAGAGGUUACAGUUUGUCGCUUUCUCCAGUUUUUGAUUUGAUUUUGAUGUCUUGUUUGUAUUUUUAUUUGUUUUGAGUUUUGUUAGUGGCAUGCUGCAAAUGCUGUUUUCUGCUAUUCUUAACUUUUAAGUCCUCUUGAUUUCAACUGGUAAGGUAUUUUAUGGUAGCCUGUGGUAAGGCUGUUGAGCUCAAGUCAUGUAUUUGAACAGGGGAGGGACAUGAAAUGUGUGCUGAUGAUAAAAAAGGCCUAACUCAGUAAGCAUUAUAUUGUCCAUUUGCCAAACCAAAGCCUUUUAUUUGCUUCAAGGCAGCAAAUAUCAGUAUUUAUUAUUUCACUUUUAAACUACAAGUAUAGGCCUCGCUAGACCAACUAGAAUUGAUAUGAAAUGCAAUACAAUACACUGAUACCAAAUUCACUUGAAAUGUGGCUCAAUGAUAAACUUGUGACUAUAAAAUUGGUUUAGCUGUAAUGUCCUGCGUUAUGAACUGCUCAACACAAUUCAGCAGGUAGCCUAGCGGUUAAGAGCUUUUGGGCCAAUAACCAAAAGGUCACUGGUUCGAAUCCCCGGGCCGACUAAGUGAAAAAUCUGUCAAUGUGCCCUUGA